AUGGAUUAUGCAGAAACAGACCUAGCAAAACAUAUCAAGGCAUAUGUAUGUAAAGCUAUGUUAGAACAAACAAACGACUUUAGUUCUGAGCAGCAGCUAUCGCUUCUUUCCUUGGAUGACAAAAUUGAGUUGGGCUUACCAAGAGAAACGGUUCGAGAUUGCAUGAGUCAGAUUUUAGCUGGUCUGGCGUUUGCUCAUGGUCGCAGAUUAAUGCAUCGUGAUUUAAAGCCAAGUAACAUUCUUGUAAAUUAUUCAGUUCGGGGUGAUAUGUCUUCAAAGCUUAAACUUAAAAUUGCUGAUUUUGGAUUGGCUCGAGUACGUUCGUUCCCUGAUAAACGGCAUUACACUCCCGAGACUGUGACCAUGCUAUAUCGUGCUCCUGAAAUCUUUUUUGAUUUUGAUGUACCAUUACUGAUCAUAUUCACCAUGCAAUUAGAGCUGGUACGUGGCCGCCCGCUAUUUGAUGGAGAAACCGAAAUCAGUGUUUUAAACGAUAUUCAAAGAAAACUGGGUCCAAUUAAAGCCUCUGAUGUGCGUAACAUGUCGUUACCAGACAUUAUCUCGUUUCAAAAUCACUCACAAAAAACACCCCUUUCAAACUAUGUUUUGCUUGAUCCGAUUGGUCUCAAUCUGCUCGAGAAAAUGCUGGUCUAUAAUGCAGAUAAUCGUAUUCGCUCCCAAACUGCUUUGGAACAUGCAUACUUUAACCCUACGCAUGAUCUUGAGGAAUAA